AUUUUAUUAUUAUAAAGUAUAUAGGAUACACAUCAUAGUCUUUCCGACAAAAUUGUGCAUAUCCUGCCAUUAAUGUACGUGGUGUGUGGGUAACGUAUACAGGUUUCAGUGCCUACUCCAUCCAUACCUCAUCGUCUCCAUUUCGCCUCCUCUCCUCUGAAGACCCCAUAAUCGAACGAACGAACGACUGUGAUAUGAAGGCAUGCAAUUUGCAGACAAUCAAAUUCAUGCUCAAUCCCAGCAUCACCACUCUGUUCGUCCUAACUUUUCUCUCAGGUUUCUCUUCGUCUUUCAAGGAAGGACAGACAUGCGUGGCCGACCGAAACUGCAACGCUGGGCUACAUUGCGAAAUGUGCCUGGCUAGUGGAAUGAAACGGCCUCGAUGUACUCGAAUUCGACCAGUGAUUCCCACUUCCAAGGUGAAGGGGUUGCCAUUUAAUCGGUAUUCGUGGCUAACGACGCACAAUGCGUUCGCUCGAUUGGGAGAGAGGUCGGAUACGGGGUCUCUGAUUUUGUCUCCAACUAACCAGCAGGACUCCAUUACCGAUCAGCUCCAUGUAACUCUCUCUCUCUCUCUCUUCCCCACACAGUUGCCUGUUUGUUUGGCUUUGACGAUAUUUUUUGUUCUCGUGCUUGUUUUCUUUUCUAGAAUGCGUGAGAGGGCUGUGGUUCGAUGGUGGAGGUUGUGGAAUUAUUAUUAUUAUUAUUAUUUUAAUAUUUUAUGAAUUUAUUUUUAAUUGGACAAAUUAUACCGAUGAUUCCUAUAUUUUAUCUCUUUUGUCAUUUUAGUUCAUACACUUUCAAUUAACUCAAUUUUGAUUUUUAAUUUUAAAUUUUGUGUCGAUUUGGUCUACUAAAUUGGAUGAGAUUAACUCAUUAAAUUGAGUAAAUUUAUAAUUUUAUUUUUAAAAAUAUGACACAUGACA